CGGGCCCGCGGCGGGCCGGCCGGGCGGGAGCUGACAAUGAGCCUCCAUAAAAGGGAGCGGCAGGGGGCAGGGGCCCCGGAUUGAGCCCUGAUUGAGCCCUCCCCGCCCGGGCUCCCGACGCGCCGAGGUCUCGGGGAGGCCCGGACGCGCCGGUGGCAAGUUCGGCCGGCGAGUGGCGGGGAGGGGGCUGUUCCGGGCGGGAGGCUUGAGGCGGCCGCCAGCUGCGCGCCGAAGCCUGCGCGCCCGUCCUCCGGCCACCGCUUUCGCCCACGGCCGCACGAUGGCCGUAAAGGCCGAGGGCGCCGCACUCGACUGCUUUGAGGUGACGCUCAAAUGCGAGGAAGGGGAGGACGAGGAGGAGGCCAUGGUGGUGGCCGUAAUUCCGCGGCCUGAGCCGAUGCUCAGAGUGACCCAACAGGAGAAGACCCCGCCACCUAGAUCCAGCCCACUGGAGGCAGGCAGUGAUAGCUGUGAGGAACCCAAGCAACAGGUGUCUUGGGAGCAGGAAUUCCUGGUGGGCAGCAGCCCUGGAGGCAGCGGGCGGGCACUGUGCAUGGUGUGUGGUGCUGAGAUCCGGGCACCCUCGGCCGACACGGCGCGCUCGCACAUCUUGGAGCAGCAUCCUCACACCCUGGACCUGAGCCCUUCCGAGAAGAGCAACAUCCUGGAGGCCUGGAGUGAAGGGGUGGCCCUCCUGCAAGACGUCAGGGCUGAGCAGCCAUCCCCACCCCACUCAGACUCAGGCCAGGAUGCCCAUCCAGACCCAGACUCCAACCCAGACCCUGCCAGAGUGCCAGCUGAAAUCGUCGUGCUCCUCGACUCUGAGGAUAACCCAUCUCUCCCUAAAAGGAGCCGUCCCAGGGGACUUCGCCCCCUCGAGCUUCCUGCUGUCCCUGCCACAGAGCCAGGAAAUAAGAAGCCACGUGGUCAGAGAUGGAAGGAGCCCGCAGGGGAAGAGCCAGUCAGGAAGAAAAGAGGCAGACCUAUGACCAAAAACCUGGACCCUGACCCAGAGCCUCCAUCACCAGACUCACCCACGGAGACUUUUGCAGCACCAGCAGAGGUCCGACACUUCACUGAUGGCAGCUUCCCCGCUGGCUUUGUCCUGCAGCUCUUCUCCCACACCCAGCUCAGGGGCCCAGACAGCAAGGACCCACCCAAAGAUGGGGAAGCGGCAGAGGAAGCCCUUCCCCGGGAAGAGAGCCCCUCUCCAGCUCCUCCGGGGCUCCGUGGGACACUGGAUCUCCAGGUUAUCCGCGUGCGGAUGGAGGAGCCCCCAGCGGUCAGCCUCCUGCAAGACUGGUCCAGGCACCCCCAGGGCACCAAGCGUGUUGGAGCAGGUGACACCCCAGACUGGCCCACGGUUCUGUCGGAAUCCAGCACUACUGUGGCGGAGAAGCCAGAGAAAGGGAAUGGGGUGUAGAUUCUUGUUUUCCUGGGGGAGGGAGGGAGGGAGGGAGGGAGGGAGGGAGGGAGGGAGGAGAAGGAGGAGGAGGCAGUGUCCCCCUGUGGCUUAUAACUCAGAGCUGCCCAGCUCAGCCACCUGGUGGAGAGAGUAGAAACAGGUGCCAGGGCAGGAGGCGGCUGGGCAGCAUCCAUUGUUAUUUCGAGGCACUGGAAAGUGUCUGCUCCUAGCCAGGCCCGAGGUCGGCGAGGGUGGCUGAGGCUGUUGUGCAGUAGGGCACUGGGCCUGUGGAGAACACCUACCCCAGCCCUUUGCUGACCCCACCUCUCUCUGUCCCCCAUGACACCCUCCCCUGGCUCCCCACCAUUCUCCCUUGGCACAGUGCCUUACACAAGAGUGGUCAUAAGGGGGUUUGAACUGAGUCCCACUACCUCGGGGGACACCUCCCCUCCCCACUUGUUCAGGCUCCUAAACCAGGAAGCCUCCAUUACCUCUUCCUAUCCCACCCCUGCAGAGGCCUGAGGCUGCCUGGCUGGGUGCCCCAUUCACUCCCAUUCUCUUUUUCGUCUGUUUUCAUGUUGUAUAUAUCACCUUUGUUGACAAUAAAUUAUUUUUUUUUAUGAA